UUAGGGCAUUAACAAAGCAUCAGAAAACCUAGAACUCGACUAAUACCAGCCAUGGAACUCAACUUCCUUUCCUUCCCCUUUCUUUUCUCCUCCUUCCUGUUUCUUCUUGUAGUGUUCAAGGCAGCCAAAUCCACAGCAAUGAAGAUGCCUCCAAGCCCACCGAAGCUCCCCAUCAUAGGACACUUGCACUACUUGCUAGGAAAUAUCCCUCACCGUGCCUUCGGAAACCUGUCCCGGCGAUAUGGGCCUGUCAUGCAUCUCAAGCUCGGACAAGUCGACCAUGUAAUCAUCUCCUCUCCGGAGGCCGCCAGAGAGAUCAUGAAGACCCAUGAUCUCAUCUUUGCCACCCGACCAAGACUACUCAUCGCCGAGGUGUUCCACAAUUGCACCGACAUCGCCUUCGCUCCCUACGGUAACUACUGGCGGCAGCUGCGAAAGAUAUGCAUCGUCGAGCUAUUAAGCACAAAGCGUGUCAAGUCCUAUGCGACGCUUCAACAAGAAGAGAUUUCGAACCUCAUGGGAGAUAUCUCCAUGAUGAACAAAUCUCCGGUUAACCUCUCCGAGAAGCUUUUCGUACUAACCAACGACGUGAUCGCAAGAAUCGCAUUUGGCAACACAUGCAAGCAUGGGCAGAGUUUUAUCUCGGCGUGCAAGAAAAUGAUGGCUUUGGCCUCUGGAUUUUGUGUAGCUGAUCUGUUCCCCUCGCUGAGCUUUAUCGACACUCUCAGUGGAUUGAGAUCCGCGUUAGAGAAUCUUCGGCGUGAGAUGGAUGAGAUCAUUGAGGAGAUAAUCAAGGAGCACCAAGAGAAGAGAGCCGCCACAAUUAGCAACAAAGGGGAUGAUCAACGAGAGGAAGAUCUUGUCGACGUUCUUUUGGGGCUGAAGGAAAAUGGUGGACUUGAGUUCCCUCUCACGGACACCAACAUCAAGGCCGUAAUCAUGGAUAUGUUCAUCGCAGGGACCGAGACAGCGUCGACAACGAUGGUAUGGGCGAUGGCGGAGCUCAUGAGGCACCCUGAGAUGAUGGAGAAGGCUCAAGCGGAGGUGCGGCGAGUGCUGAAGGGAAGGGCCAAGAUUGAGGAGGGGGACAUGAGGGAAUUCCACUACAUGAAGCUGGUGAUCAAGGAGACUCUGAGGUUGCACCCACCACUUCCGCUGCAGCUGCCGAGAGUCUGCACCAAGAGUUGCCAAGUGGAUGGCUAUGAUAUUCCAGUGGGAAGCCGGGUAAUGAUCAACGCUUGGGCUAUAGGAAGGGAUCCAAAGUACUGGGAGGACCCAGAAAGCUUCAAGCCAGAGAAGUUCGACGGCAGCUCGGUGGACUUCACGGGUAGCAGCUUUGAGUUCAUGCCUUUCGGAGGGGGAAGGAGGAUUUGCCCUGGGAUGAACUUUGGAUUGGCCGAAAUGGAGCUGAUCCUGUCCCACCUACUCUACUAUUUUGACUGGAAGCUUCCGAAUGGAAUGCGCCCCAACGAUGUGGAAAUGACCGAGACCUUUGGGGCAGUCGUGGGCCGGAAAUCACCCUUGUGCUUGAUCGCUACUCCUUGCGUACCCAUGUUGGGUCAUUAGAUGCGUCUAUUGUGUUAUAUAUAUAUAUAUAUAUAUAUAUAUAUA